CGAGCUCGACCAGAAAGUCAGAAGUGUGUUUUUCGAAAGUGUGUGCGUUUCCUUCUCUAGCGGUUGUAUUUCUGGGUAUCUUGCGAACUUUUCGAGUGGUUAAAGAAGACUUUUGUUGUUGCUGUUGUUGUUGUUAAAACAGUCGACAUGGCGCUCACCGACGCAGACGUACAGAAACAGAUUAAACACAUGAUGGCCUUCAUUGAGCAAGAGGCCAGUGAGAAAGUGGAAGAGAUUCAUGCUAAGGCAGAAGAAGAGUUCAACAUUGAGAAAGGACGCCUGGUUCAGACUCAGAGGGUCAAGAUCAUGGAGUACUUCGAGAAGAAGGAGAAGCAGAUUGAACAGCAUAAGAAAAUUCAGAUGUCCAACCUAAUGAACCAAGCGAGGCUGAAGGUGCUGAAGGCCCGAGAUGACAUGAUCAAGGAGUUGUUAAAUGACGCUCGGCAGAGACUUGCAGAAGUUGCUCAGGACCCUGCUGAGUACUCUACGCUUUUAGAGGGUCUGGUGCUUCAGGGAUUUUACCGACUUCUGGAACCGAAAGUUACCAUCCGGUGCCGACAGCAGGAUGUAGACGUUGUCCAGGCUGCAGUUGAUAAGAGCAUUCCCAUCUACAAAGACGCAGUGAAAAGCAACAUCGUUGUCAAAAUUGACCAGGAACGUUUUCUCCCAUCUGGAGUGUGUGGAGGGGUUGAAUUGUACAACGACAAUGGGAAGAUCAAGGUCUGCAACACUUUGGAGAGCAGACUGGAGCUUAUAGCACAGCAGAUGAUGCCUGAAAUCAGGGUGAGCUUGUUCGGCGCCAACCCCAACCGCAAGUUUCUGGAUUAGUGUUGGACUCGAAGAGACGGGAAACGCCACGGGUGGAACAUUAAGGUGACCGUCGGGCAUCACAACAGUGGGUUUGUGGAUAUGAGAGACAAUGGACAUCUUUUUUUUUUUUUUUUUUUUCCUUUUUACCACUCUUCACAUUUUAUGAAGCCUUCUUUAUAUCUCAGGGGCAUUUCUUUUUUUUUUCUGUUUUCAACAGUUUCAGGUCAACUGUUACAUUUUAUUGUGCCAAAGAUGCCUUUUGUUGUUACAAACAAAUACACUGAGUGUGUUUGUGUGUGUUGAAAAUUAUGCUGAGCAAGUGUUUAAAGCAAUAAACAAACCAAAAAAAAAAAAAA